GCAAAAUGUAGUUACACGAUUUUAAGUGGAUCAUAAAAACGCAUUAUUUUAGUUUGUAUUACGAAUAAAAAUGGAUCAACUAAUAAAUUUAAACAAUCAAACAGCUGGACGCGACAAAAUUGCCAGAUUGUUACAGUAUUUGAGCAGAUUUUUAUGGCACAGAUUGCAGAAGAACAAUAGCACAAGUGUAAAUAAUAUUAAAAAUUUGGAAUACCAACUCAGCACUUUCAGAAAACUUUUACGAUUCGGUAGAAGUAUCGACUCGAUCUAUGCUACUCUACCAUUAUUGCACCAUGACAAUUCUACAGUACGCUAUACUUUGGUUCUGAGCAAAAUCUGUAACUCUUUAUUUUUACUAGCUGAUCAUGUACUUUGGUUGGGUCGUGCCGAUUUAGUCAACAUAAAAAUCGAAAAAUGGAGCAAUAUGUCCAAUAAAUAUUGGCUCUUUUCUAUAACCAUGAAUUUAGUAAGGGAUUUCCAUGAAAUCUCGCUAAUAAUAAACAAUUCAAAAUGCUUGAUUUUACCUAAAGGGGGGGUACAAAAUAUUGGUGAUAUUUUUUCUGCUGUUGUAAAAAGUUUAACAAUAUUAAGUGGUAAUAAGAGUGUUUGCAUUGAUACAAUAAAAAAUGGUUGUGAUAUUUUUAUUCCUUUGGUUGCUUUAGGGCAUGUCAAGUUUUCCCCAGGUACCAUAGGGUUGUUAGGGGCUAUUUCAUCGAUAGCAGGGUUGAUGGUUCUUUUGGAACCAAGAAAUAAAUUAUCCCCUGCAUAAAUAAGACUUAUUUUAUGUUAUUUUUGUAUUUUUUACUCAGUGACUGGGGUAUUUUUGGAAGUUGGUGAUUGUAUUAUCUAUAGGUAAUAAAGUUUACUACAAGCUGU